CGAUUGGGGCGGGCGAGCCGGGCCGCGGCCCGGACGGGGCCGAGACCAUGGAGCCGCCGCUGCCGGGCUAGAGAGGUCCAGCCCCGCUGGGCCCGCGGGGAUGGCGGGCUACGCGCGCCGCCCGGGCGUCACUCCGUUGUCCCGAGCCCGGAGCCUCGUCAUUCCGGACGCUCCAGCGUUCUAUGAGCGCCGGUCUUGUCUCCCCCAGCUAGACUGUGAGCGCCCCCAUGGCGGGGACCUGGACUCCCACUUCUUCGGCAUUCGGCCGACGUUUAUGUGUUAUGUGCCCAGUCCGGUGCUAGCUUCCGUGGGAGACACAGAUUUUGGCUGUGGAAAGGGGAGAGGCACUAAGGAAAGUCCACCGGGAGCCCACGAGACAUGCUUCGGAGAUGAUAAAGUUGAGCUUGAAGAGGCAAAUCCAUUUUCCUUUAAAGAGUUUCUGAAAACCAAGAAUCUCGGCCUGUCUAAAGAGGACACACCCAGCAGUAGGAUUUACGCAAAGGAGGCCCCGCGGCACUCCCUGGGACUCGAACAUAGCCCCCCAAGCGCCCAGACCAUGGGGUAUGGCCUGGAGUACCCACAGCCGUUCUUCGAGGAUCCGACGGGGGCUGGUGACCUCCUGGAUGAGGACGAGGAUGACGCGUGGACCGGGACCUACCUGCCAUCUGCAGUGGAGCAGACUGAGUCCCUGAGGGCCGCCAGCACGUCACCCUGCAGCACGUAUGUGUCCUUCUUCUCCGGCCCAUCGGAGCUGGCGGGGCCGGAGUCUCUGCCCCCGUGGACUCUGAGCGACACGGACUCCCGAAUUUCUCCGGCGUCUCCGGGGAGUAGUCCCAACCCAGACUUUGCUGCCCACGGGGAGUCCCUGGGAGACCGGCACCUUCGGACGCUGCAGAUAAGUUACGAAGCACUGAAAGAUGAAAAUUCUAAGCUAAGAAGAAAGCUGAAUGAGGUUCAGAACUUCUCUGAAACUCAAACAGAAAUGGUAAGGACACUUGAACGGAAACUGGAAGCAAAGAUGAUCAGGGAGGAGAGCGACUACCGCGACCUGGAGUCUGUGGUCCAGCAGGUGGAGCAGAACCUCGAGCUGAUGACCAAACGGGCUGUGAAGGCAGAAAAUCACAUCCUGAAGCUGAAACAGGAAGUCAGUUUGCUCCAGGCGCAGGUCUCCAACUUCAAGCGAGAGAACGAAGCCCUGCGGUGCGGCCAGGGUGCCAGCCUGACCGUGGUGAAGCAGAACACUGACCUGGCCUUGCAGAAUCUCCGCGUCGUCAUGAGCAACGCACACGCGUCCAUAAAGCAGCUGGUUUCUGGAGCUGAAACGUUGAACCUCGUUGCUGAAAUCUUGAAAUCUAUCGACAGAAUCUCUGAGAUUAAAGACGAGGAGGAGGAGGAGUCCUGAGGACCGGAAACGCAUCCAGCUCAAAGCUGUUUGCAUCCUCAAAGCUGUUUGCAUCCUGAAAUCACUGCUUGCUUUCUGUAGAGAUGCGAUUGUGUCUUUCGAUGUGCAGUUCUCACCCGUAGUAAAGAUAUUUAUCACGAUAGCUAAUUCCGUGACCCGCAGCAGUAUUGUCGCCCGCGCGGUGAGGGCCUGCUGGCAGCGAGGGCGCAGAGGCGAGUGGGCUGCCCCGCGGUUUACAUGGAGCCUGCUGGUGAGCUGCACGGGGCUCGUAGACUCAAGCGCCUGAUUGGAGGAACUUUUAUGAAAGCCACUGAUUUUCUUAAAAUUACUAAACCUGAAAAGAGCAGUUCUGUAUUAGUGUUUUCCGUUUUCCCCCCAGAACACUAACUGUAAGGAUGUUCAGUUGGUUGGCCUUGAUUAAGUAGAGGACAAUGCUAAACGAGCCCUGAUACAGACGGCAGGCGUGGGCUGGGGCUCGGGCCCCUGCGUGUCCCGUGGAGCGUCCUCUGACCUGACAGGCCCCCACGAGUGUCACUCCAGCACCUGCAGCUCUGGGCGGAAGGCCUCUCAGUGCACGUUGCUGUCCCUUCUGCAGGGGCCGUCCACGGAGAGCCCCGUGACAAGUGGUGUGAACCACCUCUGUAGGCUUUGAUGAGCAUUGUGGGCUGGAGUGUUGAGACACUUUUCACGUGGCAUUUUGUACAGUGAAGUCAGGAUUUAGGAAUUUGACACAAGUCCAGAGCCUUGUGGUGAGCGUGCGGUCUUCCAGGGUGCCUUUCUGGAGCUUUCCAGCAGGGAAGGUCUUGGCAUGCACUCGUACACCUCUUUGGCUGGUUUUCUGGAGAUAACUGUCUUUUUUAAAUGCAUUUCCUGUUUCUGUCCUGUUUGAACGGACGGCUUUCCUAUUUAAUAAACUCCAAAGUUCAUAACA